GAUAAUUAUCAAAGUGAGGAACAAAUGGAAUUUGGAGAAGUUUUGGAUACUGUGGGAAUGGUAUCGGCUACAACUCCUCUGCUUUUCCAAUCAAAAUUCCUCUGUUUCUCUGUCUUCUACCUCUUCAUCGCUCUCUUUCUUGCUCUUUACCAAUCCCUUUCUUCCACCAAAUGUUUCUUCAGGUCCUCCCCUCUCAAUCCAAUUCAGACUCCUCUCUUCUCCUACCCUCCCUCCUAUGGAGAACACAAGUACGCUAUCCCAAUUCAGCGCUCCUCUUGCUCCUCCCCUGUUUUCUUCUCUGAUUAUCGGGUAGUGUUGAAGGAGAUCCAAGAUUUGUGUAACAAUUCCUUUGCGUUUUCGCCGGUUUUAAGGUAUGUGCGGGGGAAAAGUCAAACCUUCGGCGGAAAUUUGAGUACCCAGAAGAGGAUUUCAUAUUUUGAUCAUUCAAACUAUAACGUCGAAAUCCCUUGUGGAUUCUUGAAAAAUUUUCCGAUCAGCAAUCCCGACCGAAUUGCAAUGGAAAACUGCAAUGGAGUUGUUGUGGUAUCCGCAAUCUUCAAUGACCAUGACAAAAUUCGGCAACCAAGAGGUCUCGGAUCCAAAACUUUAGAAACUGUAUGUUUCUUCAUGUUUGUAGAUGAUACAACAUUCAAGGUACUUGAUUAUCACCAACUGGUUUCUCCCAAUUCAUCGGAGCAUAAGAUAGGGGUUUGGAGAAUUGUAAGAGUAGCUUCAAAGGAAUUGUAUGAGAAUCCAACCAUGAAUGGGGUGAUACCUAAGUACUUGGUUCAUAGGCUUUUUCCAACCUCGAAAUUCAGCAUUUGGAUUGAUGCGAAGCUUCAACUAAUGGUUGAUCCAUUGUUGCUUGUGCAUUCUCUCCUCGUAUCGGAGAAGGCAGACAUGGCUAUAUCCAAACAUCCAUUCUAUGUUAAUACUAUGGAAGAAGCUAUGGCAACUGCAAGGUGGAAGAAAUGGUGGGAUGUUAAUGCCUUGACAUUGCAAAUGGAAACCUACUGCGAAAACGGGUUGCAGCCAUGGACACCCAACAAGCACCCAUAUACCACAGAUGUACCAGAUAGUGCACUAAUUGUGAGGAAACAUGGAUUAGAAAGCAACCUUUUCUCGUGCCUAAUGUUCAACGAGUUGGAAGCGUUCAACCCAAGAGACCAACUGGCCUUUGCAUUUGUGAGGGAUCACAUGAAGCCAAAGCUGAGAUUAAACAUGUUUCAAGUAGAAGUGUUUGAGCAGGUAGUGGUGGAAUACAGACACAACCUUAGAAAAAUUGGGAGUGAAGUUGAAGGGUCCAAUUCCAAGCCAAGAAGAACCAAAAGGGCAAGCCGUUAUUUGUUUGUGAAUAACAGCAGGUGCCACAGGUAUCUUGAGGGAAUGUGGGGUGAACGUGAAUCCCAUAAUUGAUUUUUUGUGGAUUCAAUUAGUGUUGUCCCAAUACUUGUACAACAAAGCAGAGCAAAGUUGAAAAAAUGUUCAAAAAAGUAGGAACAAAAAAGAGCUCAACUAACCUAGGAAUAUUUGACAGACAAAAGUUGGCAACUAAAUCACAGGUUGUCAG